UCAUGAGCAAAGCGAUGACAUGCUCAUUUCAAGUAAAAUAUGUUUUUGAUUCAAAUACCGCAAAAAAAGCAGUGGAUUUAAGUUUAGUAUUUCUUUUCUUGGUUUCACUGUAGUUUCGUGUUGUUGUAUAUGCUGCCACCCAGCGGCUACUUUAGACUACUACAUUAGUCCUACCGUAUCCGGGUCAGCAGGCAGUAAUGGCGGCCACCAUGGAGACAGCAGCUGGCAUGAGCAAGAUGCUGCAAUUUAUGAAAUUUAUCGGACAGCUCAAAAGGGUCCCGCGGACUGGCUGGGUGUACAGGAACGUGAAGAAACCAGAGAGUGUAUCAGACCACAUGUACCGCAUGGCCAUGAUGUCUCUGACCAUCACUGACCCCACAGUCGACAAGGACAGAUGUAUAAAACUGGCUCUGGUUCACGACAUGGCAGAGUGCAUUGUGGGAGAUAUUGCUCCAUCAGACAACAUCAGUAAAGCAGAGAAACACAGACAAGAAGAGGAAGCGAUGAGGCAUCUAACAGGUCUUCUGCCGGAGGGACUCAGACAAGAAGUUUACGGACUGUGGGAGGAAUAUGAGACCCAGAGCAGUCCAGAGGCCAGGCUGGUGAAAGAGUUUGACAUCCUGGAGAUGAUCCUGCAGGCUCACGAAUACGAGGAGCUGGAGGGAGCGCCGGGAAGACUGCAGGAGUUCUUUGACUCCACCAACGGUCGUUUCCACCACCCAGACGUGCUCCAGCUCGUCAGCUCUUUGAAUGAAGAGAGAGGAUGCCGCAUGACUGAAACGGAUCAAACAAAGAAUUCUGGAAACGCACAGACAGCCGGUGAAGCAUCUUCACAGCCCCGUACGACUUCACACACCUCCUCCUGACUGUAACACACAAACACCUCCUCAGUGCAGGGACAGAGAUAUCGCACUGUAACACAAAAUGUGUGUGUACAAGGAUGCACAAGCACGUCACAGGAUCUGGCAUGUGAGCGAGUGGAAAACUGUGGUUUGAGGAGUUUCAACUGUCAACUGAGGAUAAUGGCACAUGGAUGCCUUCAAUUUUGGCCCAUUGUCUUUUCUGUUUCACCUCAAUGUAUCUGUCCACACUGUCCUGGACAUCGACUAAUGCAAAAACAGCCAGAUAAUAUAGAAAUGCAGAAAUGCGUCAACACAUAAUAAAUGUCCUCAUUAAUAGGUUGGACGAUUAAUAAAACCUGUAUAAAUUUUUAUGUUCUCAAAUCAUCACAUAUAUUACAGUUACUGCUUAUUGACCAACAUUUCUUUCAACAGGUUUUAUUGUAUGCUUCCAAUCCACUGAGAAAUGAUCUAUCUAUAUAUCUAUCUAGCAGAUAUUACAUUAUAGGGUUAUGCAUAAAUAAAUGUAACAAUGUACCAUCA